AUGGGAGACCAUGAGACGCCACAGUACGAGCUGCGAAACUCCUUUCGACCUCCCCGUCAUGUAAACACUUCGCCCUCAUCUCCCUCUUCGACCGCAUAUCACGGCGCUGCUGCAUCUUGCACCACGCCCACCAUCCGACUCGAUCACGACGACGGCUUCGAAGACGUGCGGCUUAAGGAACCAGCCAAGCCUCUACCCGACGCACGCGAAGGCCUGGGGUCGAAGUGGUUAUCGUCCCUAUCGACUGCCAACCCGACCGCAGCUGCACUCUCCCGUUCCGGAACCGCUCUGCACAGCCGGGCCAAAUCUUGGGCCGCAAGCUUCCCGAAGCUGAAUACUGCCAACAUCAGUACCAGUCCAGAGAAGGCAGAUAAGGCUGGAAAUAGGCAGUCGAAGAUCUUUGGGGAUCUCUUCAACGGCGAAUCUGCACCUGUUCAUCUGGGUGUACCGACUUCACCGACGAAAGAGGAGAGCGAGUUUGUGAUGGAGUAUAAGUCGGGGUUCACAGAGCGGCCGAGCUCGAGGCGGAAAGAUAGUCCCACGACAAUUGCUGCAGCGAAACCGAACACCGCGAAGACGUCGUGGUUUACGCGAAAACCCAGCAUGCCUGCGCCUGUCACGCCUGCAUCCGCCGCACAAGACGAGUUUGUCGCUAUGAAUAUCAACACCAGCCUAUUCCCACACGGACCAGCAGAUGAGUUAUCACCGCAAGCUUUCAACGACCUCCUUCUCAACGCCACAAACCUCCUCCAACGAAUGCAGGCUGCAUAUAAAGAGAAGGUAGAUUAUAUCGACAAUGUCCAACCUGAGAUUGACGCACAGAAAGAGGAAGUGGAAGAAGUGGAGACGCGCUCAAAACACCUGAAGAUGCAAUUGGAAGACAUAGGACGUCAGAAUCAGGAGCAGAAGCAGGUCAAUGAGGAGCUGAUCAUCCAGCUGGCAGAGGAAAAGAUGAAAUUGCAGGAAGCACGUGAGGCGUCCAAGACAAUCCGACUCGUGCGGCGGGAAACAGACGGGACUGAAGCUGGCGCGAGCGACGACGAAGUCGCACAGAGACGAAAACGCAGAUCAGCAGGUAGUGCCUCUGACUCUGGUUUCGAAUCCGACGCGGACACUUCCUCGGUCUUUAGUGGAGGCAUGGAAACACCCGUGUCGCAACGUCACCCACAGCUGAUGUUGACGCCGGAUAUGGAUGUCACGCCUAGCAAGCAUGGCCAGCUUUUCUCGAGAAGCAGCACCAUGUCACAGCAAAGCACGGCAUUCUCGAAUACGAACCGAAUGGGUCCAGAGAGCGCGGCUUGGGCGACGGUCGAGCAGCUGCGGCAUGAGAAUCAGGCGCUAAGGAUGCAAGUCGAGGAGAUGCAGAGUAGUCUGCAGGGCGUUAUUGAUUUCGUGGGUGGUGUGAAUGGGGUUUGA